CAAGAGUGGGCAAAGCAGCGCAAUCUUGAGAAAUUAGACGCUGCAAUACACAAAUACGGUUAUGCAAUACGAGACGAGUGUAACGUACCCCCUUUUUUUCCUGAGUCGUGCAGCCCUCGGAGCCUGUUUUGUCCCCGUAUUGACCUUACGGUCCCAGUCAGGCCCCCUCCUUUCCAACCAACCGCCCCUGGGGUUUUGUUCUCCUUCUCCCUCUCUUCCCCCCCCCUUCACUUCUUUCCCCAGCCUCAGUAUCCUCGAGUUUUCCCAUCCGACCAGAGAGAUUUGUUCUCUCUACCACGUUCAUUUAGGAAAAUCUGUCACUCUCUCGACCUCCCACGCGAUUCGAUCUUCCCACUUUUUGUGUACAGCCCUUUACGAAAGCGCGCGACUGGCUUGCCGUUGAUAUCCGCAAUUUGAAUUUCUGAAACCGCAAUGAAGUUCACCAACUCCGUUGCCGUGACUCUCGCCACGGCGGGCUCCCUGGUGGCCGCCCACGGCCAUGGCCACGCUCACUUCCACAAGCGCGUCGUUGAGACCGAGACCGAGACUGCCGUCACCGCCGGUUCUACCGUCUACGACUUCGUUGUCUUGGACCCCAGCAAGACUGGUACCCCUGAGCACAUCACUGAGGAGGAGGCCUGCGCCCUUCUGGCCUCGCACGAGCUCGAGUGGCUGGGUUCCGCUAUCCCCAACGCUUGCCCGACCAGCACCAGCACCCCCGUGAGCACCUCGACUCCCGUUGCCACCACCACUUCCAUUGCUGCCCAGGUCCUCCUUGAGACCUCCGCUGCCAUCAUCACCAGCUCCUCCACCAGCUCCGUGGCUUCUACCACCAGCGCCGCCAGCUCCACCAGCUCCGCCGCUGCUUCCACCUCCUCCAGCUCUUCCAGCUCCUCCGGUACCGGUAUUACUGCUGAGUUCCCCGAUGGUGAGAUUGACUGUGGCACCUUCCCCUCCGACUACGGUGCCGUCGCCCUUGACUACCUCGGCCUCGGUGGUUACUCUGGUAUCCAGUACGUCACCAUUGCCGACGCCGUGGUCAGCGAGAUCGUGACCGCUGUCACCGGUGACUCUUGCACCAGCGGCGCCAUGUGCUCUUACGCCUGUCCCGCCGGUUACCAGAAGUCCCAGUGGCCCUCCACCCAGGGUGCCACUGGCCAGUCCGUCGGUGGUCUGGAGUGCAAGAACGGCAAGCUCUAUCUCACCAACACUGAUUACAACACUCUCUGCAUUGAGGGUACUGGUGGUGUCCACGUUCGCAACAACCUCGGCUCCCAGGUUGCAGUUUGCCGUACCGACUACCCCGGUACUGAGUCCGAGACCAUUCCUCUGUCCGCUCUCGCUGGUGAGGAGCACCCCCUGACCUGCCCCAACGGUGCCACCUACUUCAAGUGGGAGGGCAAGACCACCUCCGCUCAGUACUACGUCAACAACAAGGGCGUUUCCGCCGAGACUGGUUGCCAGUGGGGUGACGGCUCCGAGCCCAUCGGUAACUGGGCCCCCAUGAACCUGGGUGUUGGCUACUCUUCCGGCGCCACCUGGUUGUCCAUGUUCAAGAACGAGCCUACCACCAGUGCCAACCUUGACUUCAAGAUCAAGUUGAUUGGUGACGACCUAAGCGACAGCUGCCGCUACGACGGAAAUGGCAACUUCUACAACAACGCCGGCCUGAUCACCUCUGGCAACGGCUGCACUGCCAGCUCCUCCUCCGGCAACGCCUACUUCGUCUUCUACGAAUAAGUGCCCUCCCAACCAACCGGGUCCCUGUUCCGAACCUCGCCCCGAGAAAAUACAAAGCCCCACGGUCUAGGAUGAUGCUUAGUUUUUUUUCAUCUUGUUUUUCCACCUUCCACCUGAACCAUGCUAGCAGUGGGUUGAGGAGAAGGAAAUGGGCUAAGGUGUCGUUGGGGGGUAACUCCCAAAACGCCUUUCCUUCCUUCUCUCCCUCCACUACCGGUGUUUCUGUCCAUAUCACGGUAUUUUACUUCUGGGGUAGUCUUCUUCUGUGUAUCUUAACUUUUUUUAUGUGCUCGAUCGGGGCCUUUGUGGGGGCAAUUCAAUCUUUGUUACUUUUUCCUUUCGAAUUCCGUUGAGCGUCGUUGUAUGAGCUGUAUACGUAUGGAUCUACUGGCGCUCUUCGUUUAGUUAUAGACUUCUAUCAGUACCUCAAGUACACCCAAUUUUGACACUACUAUGAAUAUUUGAUCAUUUUGACCGGAU